CCUAAAAAUCCCAUCCAAAUUCCUUCAGCUAUGCAGUUGUUACACGAGCACAAAAUUCCUUUACCAGUUAAAGACUACAACAUGAGCGCAAGCAUUUCCAUUAAGAAGGGGUCCUGUGACAACAUCGAGGUGAAGGAGAAAAUCUCCUCCGACGCCUCGCUGAGGUUAAUGAACCCGGUGGCCAGUGGAGACAACGUGGCUAAUCUGAACUCCGUACAUAAGCUGAAGGAAGAAUUACCACCUUUGGUGCCGUGCUGCGAGGGGAAGGAACUGCUGAUCAGUGAAGAUCUGGUACGGAGUGGGUUGUCUGCUAUAUCCGUGAAGCACGACGGUGUGAUACAAUGCCAGAGCAUGUCUCGUGCUUGUGAGAGAAUGCAGGUCUCACCUGGACUUGUAAAGCAUCGCAACUCAUUCCGCUGUCUCCACCGGCCAGACCUGAAGCGGGUGCCGUAUCUCCGCCGCAUGACGCCUGACGAGCUGGAGAUGCUGUUCAGAGGCUACGCCGACCUGCCGAGACGCCCACAUACAGACACCAGAGACGAUGCUCCACGUUUGUCCCUGCCGCCAGAUGAAAAUAUUAGGACAAGAGACCUCAAAGAUAAGGAAGCUAGAAGUCAUGACGAAGGUGCAAGCAGCACAUUACACCCGAUCCCGGAAACCAGAUUCGGCACAGAAGACGUGCCCGCCGGCAUGAGGUUACACGGGGCCCGGGCCAGGCUGUACACCUCCGUGCUGGCGGGCGCCAAAGCAGGUGACCAGUUAGACCAAUUGACAAAUGAAACCUACGACGUACACGUCCCAGACGAGAUCAUUCCCGAAGAUGAAGUCCAACUGACCGAAGACCUUCAAAUCAUAUUACCACCUCGAUGCGACGACAUCUCCGCAGAAUCUUCUAUCAGCCACUCCCAAGGAAGCAACAUAAGCUAGCAUUGACGGGCCAUUAUACGUAAAUUAAGAGUAAAGGAUUAAAAUUAAUGAGAUUUAACCUGAAACGAAGACGUUUCGGCCUGAA